AUGGUAGUGUUGACGGAAGAGUGUAGUGCCAUCUUGCAGCGGAAGAUGCCAAUGAAAAGAAGAGACCCCGGAAGUUUCACUAUUCCGGUGGAGGUUGAAGGGAUGGCAGAAGUAGAAGCACUUUGUGAUUUGGGGGCGAGCAUCUACUUGAUGCCGCUUACCAUGUUUAAAAGAUUGAAUCUAGGGGAGGUGACACCAACAAAGCUUUCUUUACAAAUGGCGGAUCGAUCCCUUAAGACACCGUACGGGAUUGUGGAAGAUUUAAUGGUGAGGGUGGACAAGUAUGUGUUCCCCGUGGAUUUUGUUGUGCUUGACAUGGAAGAAGAUGAGUAG